AUGCCGCUCCCUGCUGUUGUUGGAUCUGAACCAGAUCUGGGUCAAUUCGACCCGAUCGACUUAACCCGACCCGACCCGACAGACUUGAUCCACUUCAGAUAUAAGCCAGAACCUAGAUCUAACAUGCCAAGGUUCGACCCAUUUCUAUGCGGUGCCUGCCGAGUUUUGAGGAGACAAUGUACUCCACACUACAUCUUUGCUCCUUAUUUUUGUCACGAGGAAGGAUCUGCUUAUUUUGCUGCCAUCCACCACUCUUUUGGUGCCAGAAAUGCCACCAUCCUCCUUUCCCAUCUUCUAGAGAGUGACCGGUUUGAAGCUGUUAUGACACUCUUAUUUGAAUCUCAAGCCCGGAUUCAGGAUCUUGUCUACGGAUGUGUAUCUCACAUUCUUGCUCUUCAGCAACAGGUUAGUGAUCUACAAGCCUAUUGA